AUGUUCCUCAAGAUGACUUUGGCGAGUCGCAGUCCUCUAGCUGACCUGCUAUCUGUAAAUGGUAGCGUCCCGCCUGGCAGCGAAGCUGAGCGUGAGCUUCUAAAACCACAUCUAUUGGCUGCCCUUGAAGCAUUGCCUAAUGAUGCGAGACGCAUGAGAGUUGUUUGGCCCGACUGCCCUACUCGUCUACUUGAAGAACCACUUUUUGUUGCCAAAGUUGCUCAGGAAUGCGGUCCCGUUGACUCUUUUAACGGAAUACUCUAA